AGUGAAGAAAUGGCAGGCAGUCAAUCUUUUUCCUGUCACUACCUCUUCACAGCAGAGCCAGACAACAGCAGGUGGCCCUCAGAGGCUGGAGUCACUGGAGCUCUGAAGAGCUUCCAGCAGUCUCAUAAUGUGAGAGCUAUGAGGUUCAGGAAGGAAGUGUAAUGGUGCCGUUUUCACCGUGUCUUCACCAUGUUAUCGGUAUGUUGGUGGGGGCAUUGGACACUGUUUUGGAUUCAAAUGCUCGAAUGGCCCCAUUCCGAAUCCUUCUGAAGGUGCCAGGGUCCCAGGUUAGCUGGGUUAUCGCCAGUGGAGCCACAGCAGAGGAGGUGCAGAAACACUGGCGAUGGCUGGAUCAGAACCUGCUGCCGUAUAUGGCUGUGUUUGAGAACAAGCAAGAUGCCGCAAGCUUUGCACAGGGCAAAGUCAAGGGCCUGAUUGCUGAGGAGGUGCUGGGCGGGCAGGCGGCGCUGGAGGAUGAUCCUGUGCGGUUCCGGGAGGUCCUGGCCCGGUUCACGCAGCACUUCGCCCUGCCACCACAGGAGAAGCUGGUGGCUCAGUACACCUGCUGCUGCUGGAAGGGACAUGUGCCACGCCAGGGCGUGCUCUACCUCUCCGCCAACCACCUGGCUUUUUACUCCUUCCUGCUGGGCAAAGAGGUGAAGCUGCUCAUCCCGUGGGUGGAGAUCACAGGCCUGGAGCGUGUCUCACUGGGGCUCCUGACGGAUGUGAUCCGGGUACGCACACGGCAUAGGCAGCGUGACUUCUCCAUGUUCCUGGAUGUGGAUGAGGUGAUGACCGUGAUGGGGCAGCUGGCUGAUGUAGCACUGCGCAGGCUGCUGGAUGCAGGGGGCCUGGAGCUCAACCCCACUCUGCAACAGCCCACCAGUCUCACCAAGAGGAUUCUGGAGCACCAGGCUCUGUGUCAGUACGUGCUGUCACUGUUCGGGUUGCCUCGGUCAGAGGGGCUGCGAGAAGUGUUGAGCUGCUCUGUGUGGACACCCCAUGCCCGCUGCCACACGCCCGGAAAACUCUACGCCACUGACAACUAUGUGGCCUUCAGCAGCCGGCAGGAGGGCCACUGUUCCCUCCUCAUUCCGCUGGCAGAGGUACUGUCCAUUGAGAAGGCAGAGAGCACGAGCGCGCUGCCCAACCCUGUGAUCAUCAGCGUGAAGUCAAAGCGAGCGUUCCAGCUCAUUGAGCUGGCGCAGCGGGACGAGCUGCUGGAUAGCUUGGGCGAGCGGCUCCGCACCCUGCACUGGAGGCAGGCUGUGGCCCACGGUCAGAGCCAGCGCAAGAAGUCCCUGAUCUCCCCCACCCCAUACUACACGUUCUGCUAUGACACUGCGGGCUCUGAAGAGAACAGCGCCCUCUCUGAUGACAUGCUGCGUUGCACAGUGCUCACUGAAUCCCUGAUCAGUACUUUCCAGGGCAGCCACCUGGAUUUGGCCAAACACAAGUGUACAAAGGAACGGUUGUGGGAGGAUCAUUUUGCUGAAUUUGGCCGUGGAGUGCACAUGUUCCGCACAGAUAAAAUUCGUAAACUGGUUAGCAUGGGGAUCCCGGAGUGCCUGCGUGGAGAACUGUGGCUUACCUUUUCAGACGCAUGUUCAUCACUGGCAGGCAAUCCAGACUACUACGCAGACAUGGUGGAGCAGAGCCUGGGUCAGGCGAGUAUUGCCACGGAGGAGAUUGAGCGAGACCUGCAUCGCUCACUGCCCGAGCAUACAGCCUUCCAGAACGAGACUGGCAUCGCCGCACUCAGGAGAGUGCUGACCGCCUAUGCCCACCGCAACCCUAACAUUGGAUACUGCCAGUCCAUGAACAUCCUGGCAUCUGUGCUGUUACUAUAUACCAGAGAGGAGGAGGCCUUCUGGCUGCUGGUCACAGUGUGUGAGAGGAUGCUUCCUGAUUACUUCAAUCGCAGGGUCAUUGGUGCCCAGGUUGAUCAGUCUGUGUUUGAGGAGCUCAUUCAAGAGCGUUUGCCGCACAUAGCCGACCACAUUACGGAUCUUUCCCCAUUGGCUUCUGUCUCCCUCUCUUGGUUUCUCACACUGUUCCUGAGUGUUCUGCCAUUCCAUAGUGCUAUAUAUGUAUUGGACUGUUUCUUCUACCAUGGGAUCAAAGCCAUAUUCCAGCUGGGGCUAGCUGUGCUAGAUGCUAAUGCUACAGAACUUUGUGCUAGUACAGAUGAUGGCCAAGCUCUGAUGACAUUGACCAGUUUUCUUGAAAAGGUCAGAGAUGAUAAGGAGCUGUGUGUGUGUGCUGAGGAGGCAGGCCCUGCAGGGCACACACACAUCACCGAUCUCAUCAAUGAUGCAUACGAGAAAUUUGGAGAUCUGACAGUGAGGCAACUGGAGAUGAUGAGAUGCAGACACAGAAUCCAGGUGCUGCAGGGACAUGAGGACACCACCAAAGAGAACACACUAAGGCUGGUCUCCCCUGAUGUGUCUCUCUCUCAGGAGGACCUGUCUUCUCUCUAUGAUCUAUUUAAGACAGAGCACUUUAUCAGCUUGUACUGGGGCGAUGUUGUGUGUCCGGCUCCAGUCGUGCCCCGGGUGCGGAGCCGGGCCUGUCCAGAACAGUAUCACGUGGACCGUGCCCAAUUCAAGAGCCUGUACCAGCUACUGGCCCCCUGGCACUGUGGCCCCCACACAGACACUGUGGCCCAGAGGACCUUCUACCUGCUUAACGAGGACGGGGACAGUCAUGUCAGCUUCACCAAGUUUGCCCAGUGGAUUGACACCCUGUACAAUGGAGAACUGAAUGAGAAGGUUAGACUCCUUUAUCGUCUACACAUUCCCCCAGCCCUGACUGAGACUGAAGAUCAUUCUUCUGUAAAGAGCCCCAUCCUCUCCACCACCAGACCUCUCUUUGUGGAACUGCCCAACGGGGAGAGGAAGAGCUACGAAGACCAGCUGAAGCAGAUGCUGAAUGAUUUUGCCAAAGAGAAGGAAAAAGGCUUGGAGAAAAGUCUUCUUCACAUGAACCAGCGUGAGUUCGUCCAAUUCUGCAAGACGUUUUGUAGCAUGUUCCAUGGUGACUGUAGCGAGAAUGAGCUUUUCCAGGCCAUUGCCAUGGUUACGAGCCUAGUACUACAGAUCGGGGAGGCCCGGCACAAGGGUCGAACUUCAGAGGCGGGGCUAAAUGUAACGCAGGAGGAAGGGGAAAGCGUGCAACAAGCAGCUUCCUGUUCAGGAGAAGGAAGUUCAGAGGCACAAGUGGAAGGUGAUUGGACGGUAAGUUUCGAGCAAAUUUUGGCCUCGUUGCUCACUGAACAGGUGCUGGUGAACUUCUUGGAGAGACCUGUGGAUCUAAGUGUGAAGAUUAGCACAGCAAAGGAAAGGCAGUACCAGGAGCGGGCAGGCCUGCUUGCAUUCCAGCACAAGACCAGGUGUACAGAGAAACAAGAGGGGGCACACAUCAAACAAGAACGUGGGAGAGCAAUAUUGAAGAGAACAUGACCUGAAUGUUGAGUGUGUGUGUGGAGGACCAUGUAGUGGAUCCUAGGAGACCACUGUUACUGGCUCUGCAUUAGUACACAACCACUGGGGUCAGCUGGUCUUUCCUUAAAAGAUCCACAGUAUCAAUAUCUAUGGUAGGGGGGCACUAAACCAGGGUUACCACACUUAGCAUUGUAGCUGAUAUUCUACACUGGGCGCAAGAGUUUAAUUGUAUUAGUUGAGUCAAGCUAUACUGGUGAUGUGCUGUGAACAUAUUAAGUUUGUUUGUCCUUUUGAGUUCCAGUUGUUUAGCCAAAACUAAAGAACAUGCAGGCUGCUUGCUAUGUAUGCACCAGUCCAGUGCAUGUACAGUAAAGCGCACCCUGCCUUCCUGUCGUUACUGAUCAAAAAUGAUCAGUAAGUGCUGUGAAUAUACAAAGACAGUGCCUUAAUAUUUAAAUGCAACACUAUUGCACAAAAUAGUGUUAUAUUUGACAUCUGCUGUAUACAUAGCAAGUAGUAUUGCGAUAAAAUAAUUUAUUUCUACUGUGAUCCUGUUAUAGAAACAUUUCUGUGGACACUCCAAGGUGACCGAGUCAAGCUAUAAACCAAUUAACUCUUGUCAAGUAUUAGAUCUCACUAAAAACAACCAGUUCUGGGUUUUACCAUACAGAUUUUUUUGUAUUGAUUUUGUCUUGUAAUGAUGGCAGAAAAGGGAUAUGAAGGAGUAAGGUAAUGUAAGCAAUGAAUCUCUCUUCUUGCUGGAAAAGAGAAUGUGCCUUCAACAUACACGGUUAUCUGUGCAUUUAAUGUAGCUUUAAAAAAUAACUAGAUUUUUCCCCUUUUAAACUUUUUUAUUAGUAAUUUGAACCUGCUAUGUGCUAUAUAUAUUUUUUUUAUUUUACAUGCCUUGGUUUACUUGAAAAAUAAAAAUCUCCACCAAAA